UCCUCUUCACCCUCAUCGCCGGCCUCAUCAUCUACUGGUUCAUGUCCCGCAAGAAGGCCGAGCCCAUCCCCGAGUUCAAGCAGCUCGACCAACCGACUUUCAGCCCCUUUUUGACCAAGUACCAGAUUGACGAGCCAGUGAUGCCACUCCACUACAAAGAGUUGAUAAUGGUAAUGAUUUAUAUUAUAGCAGUGCACAAUUUUUGAUAUUGCCGUUUUGAUUAAAUCUCUUUUCACUGAUUGUACUGUUGAUGAUAUGAAGCUUAUGAUAGAGGUGAUGAUAAAGAUAAGAGUUUUGGAAAUAUACAUGUAUUUAAUGAUGAAUGUGGUUAAUUAAAAUGGUAUUUGCAUUACAUUUAGAGUUUUCCUGUUGGCAUAGUCUGCUUAGGCGUUCUGUCAAGAGGGAGCUCCUCCAGGACAGAUGAUCAGACUGGGUGUCGCUGACCAAAAUAAUUGGGCCCACCAGAAGGAAGUUGACAUAGGCUAAGGUGCCGAAUCAGUCCUGAAGGUGAUGUGGGAACUUCCUAUCCCUUGAGGACAAAAAGCACCUUCUACUCGAGAGACUAGUUUUAUUGAGAAGAUGAAGAAAACAGGUAGGAACAUUGUGGUAUUCUACGGCUCUCAGACAGGCACGGGCGAGGAGUUUGCCAACCGGCUGUCCAAAGACGCGCAGCGCUACGGUAUGAAGGGUAUGGCGGCCGACCCCGAGGAAUACGACAUGUGUGAGCUGUCCCGUCUGGCUGAGAUUGACAACUCCCUGGCCAUCUUCUGCAUGGCCACGUACGGAGAGGGAGACCCCACGGACAAUGCCCAGGACUUCUAUGACUGGCUGCAGGAGAGUGACGGGGAACUGAAUGGAGUCAACUACACCGUGUUUGCGUUGGGUAACAAGACAUAUGAACACUACAAUGCCAUGGGUGUGUAUGUGGACAAGAGGCUGGAGGAGCUGGGAGCCAAGAGGGUCUUCGACCUGGGCAUGGGAGACGACGACGGCAACCUGGAGGAGGACUUUGUGACAUGGAGGGAGCAGUUCUGGCCAGCCAUGUGUGAGCACUUUGGAGUGGAGGCUUCAGGAGAGGACUCCAGCAUUCGUCAGUACGAGCUCAAGGAGCACAAUGACAUCAACAUGAACAAGGUCUACACAGGAGAGUUUGGGUGUCUGAAGAGCUUUGAGACCCAGAAACCGCCUUUUGAUGCAAAAAACCCCUUCCUGGCUCCAGUCAUUGUUAACCGCAAGCUCAACAAAGCAGGCAACAGGCAUCUCAUGCACCUUGAAGUUGACAUUACAGGCUCCAAGAUUAGAUAUGAGUCGGGAGACCACGUUGCCGUAUAUCCCACCAAUGACACAGCAAUCGUGAACAAGCUGGGACAGAUCCUUGGCGUGGACCUUGAUACGGUUAUUUCUCUCAAUAACCUUGAUGAGGAGUCCAAUAAGAAGCACCCAUUCCCUUGCCCCACCACCUACCGUACGGCUCUGACCCACUACCUGGACAUCAUCCAUCCGCCUCGCACCAACGUCCUGUACGAGCUGGCCCAGUACGCCACCGACCCCAAGGACCAGGAGAACAUGCGCAAGAUGGCCUCGUCUGCUCCCGAGGGCAAGGCUCUGUACCAGAGUUUUGUGCUGGAAGACAACAGGAACAUCCUGGCCAUCCUGGAGGAUCUGCCAUCCUUGCGGCCUCCCAUUGACCACUUGUGUGAGCUCAUGCCCCGCCUGCAGGCCCGCUACUACUCCAUUGCCUCCUCCUCCAAAGUCCACCCCAAUAGCAUCCACAUCUGUGCUGUGCUGGUGGAGUACACGACUAAAACGGGGCGCCUCACCAAGGGAGUGGCCACCACUUGGCUGAAGAACAAACUGGUUGCGGACAACGGGCACAAGUCCACAGUCCCCAUGUACAUCCGCAAGUCUCAGUUCCGCCUGCCCUUCAAGGCCAGCAACCCAGUCAUCAUGGUCGGUCCUGGGACCGGCAUCGCUCCCUUCAUGGGCUUCAUCCAGGAGCGAGGGUGGCUCAAAGAGCAAGGCAAGGAGGUGGGGGAGACGGUCUUGUACUUUGGCUGCAGGCACAAGAACGAAGACUAUCUGUACCAGGAGGAUUUGGAGGAGGCUGAAAAGACGGGUGUCAUCACGAAGCUCAAUGUCGCUUUCUCUCGGGACCAAGAGCAAAAGGUGUACGUGCAGCAUCUCCUGAGGACCAACAAGGAGGACCUGUGGAGGCAGAUCCACACAGACAACGCACACAUAUACAUCUGCGGGGAUGCGCGGAACAUGGCCAGGGAUGUGCAGACAGCUUUCUAUGAGAUAGCAGAGGAGCUGGGCGGCAUGACACGCACUCAGGCCACCGACUACAUCAAGAAACUGAUGACCAAGGGACGUUACUCGCAGGACGUCUGGAGCUAAAACCCCUAGGAUGCAACCACAUCCUAUGUUUGUUUGUUUUUAAACUUGCAUUGUUAUUUGUGCCAGUAAUGGUUAUAAUGGGUCACCAACCCUGGUACUGGAGAGCUUCCGGGUGUGCCGCCUUUUGUUUCCGCCAAGCACUAAAAUGUCUGAUUCUAUUGAUUGGCUUAUCAUCAUGACCUUGAUUAGUUCAGAUGGGUGUGUUUGUGCCGUGCUGGAAUAAAAGCCUACACACCAUGUAGCUCUCUGGGACCAGGAUUUGUGACCACUGGGGAAGGAUAUCGCUGCCGUCAUCUCUGGUUGUUUUAUUUCCAUGGAGCAACACAAGCACUCUUGCACCACAAUAAUGGUUGGUUAUCCUCCAUUCUGAUUGGACAUUUUAUGUCAGUCGGCCAUCAGUUUGGCAGUGUCAAAUGUAGUAUCACAUUUGUCGACAUCGUGAGUGAGAUAAUAUAUUAUAGCUGUACAUAAUUGUACGGUGCAAAGUGGGGGGGUGGGGCUUAUAUACAAAACUCAUACAGUGCAAGUCUGUUCUUUAGGAAGUUGACCUACCUAAUCUGGGUAUUAAAAGUGUAUUCAGAAUACAUUAUAAAUAUUUUUGAUUUGUGAAAUAAAAAGUGAGAUCUUUUUGUCUCCGAAAUCAGUAACUGAAAAUAUUAGUGUUUGUUUACCUUUUGCAUUUGGAUAAGGGAUAUAUAGCCUUUUAUGCAAUGAGGAUGUUACUGUACAUUUCUAAUCAAUCACAGUAACCUUUAGCAAGGCAUGAAAAAAGUAUCAUGUUGUAAAUAAGUAGUCAAUCCCUCUAUUGAGGAGAAAUUAUUAUCUUUUAUUUUCCACAAGACUGCCUUUGUUAAAUAUAAAUAUCAAUGAAAAUUAUUUUUAGGCUCCCUGUAGAAUUUGUAUACAUGAUGCAAAAAUAAAUUACCAAUUUUUUUCAUUUUACCUUUAUUUAACCAGGUAGGCCGGUUCUCAUUUACAACUGCCACCUGGCCAAGAUAAAGCAAAGCAGUGCGACAAAAACAACACAGUUACACAUAAACGUACAGUCAAUAACACAAUAGAAAAAUCUAUGUACCGUGUGUGCAAAUGUAGAAGAGUAAGGACGUAAGGCAAUAAAUAGGCCAUAGAGGUGAAAUAAUUACAAGUACAAUUUAUCACUAACACUGGAGUGAUUGAUGUGCAAGUAGAGAUACAAAAUAGCAAGAGGGUAAGUAAUAAUAUGGGGAUGAGGUAGUUGGGUGUGCUAUUUACAGAUUGGCUGUGUGCAGGUACAGUGAUCAGUAAGCUGCUCUGACAGCUGAUGUAUAAAGUUGGAGAGGGAGAUCAGCUUCAGUGAUUUUUGCAAUUCGUUCCAGUCAUUGGCAUUAGAGAACUGGAAGGAAAGGCGGCCAAAGGAAGUGUUGGCUUUGGGGAUGACCAGUGAAAUAUACCUGUUGGAACGCGUUCUAGGGGUGGGUGCUGCUAUGGUGACCAGUAAGCUGAGAUAAGGUGGGGCUUUACAAAGACUUAUAGAUGACCUGGAGCCAGUGGGUUUGGCGACGAAUAUGUAGUGGCCAGCCAACGAGAGCGUACCAGUCGCAGUGAUGGGUAGUAUAUGGGGCUUUGGUGACAAAACAAAUGGCAAUGCAAAUGGUUGACAUAGAAAAAACUAGUAAGCCUGAAAGGGGGGGAUGAGUAAAUAAUAUGCAUAUCUCUACUUAAAUACUCGGCAUUAUCCAGUUUACGAUGUAACAAAAACUGAACACGUAGUAGCAAGCAUUCAAAUAUACAUGUUUUUUUUUAUCAUGCAAACCUAGCACUGUGCCCUGAGAAUGUAGAUUUCUACAGCUAGUUGGCUUUGAGUGUCAACUUUGUUUCUUAUUCUUUGUACACUAAUCAGUGUAAGUACUGGAUGAUAUAUCACACUUAUGUAUGGGUGUUAAAUGUGAUGGAUGCUGCUCAAACUUGUCGAGAUUUAUUUUCUACCACCUCUUUUCAAUUGUCUCCCAUUUAAAUUUGGCAUCCUUUGUUCACUUCACUGACAUUUUUCAAAAAUAUUGGAGAGAAAACAUGUUCUGUGAAGAGAUUAAUUCCAUUCCUGUUACUUUUUUUGUCCACAUUCCAUUUUAUAAAGUAAUACGUGUCUCAACUGAAUGAAUGUAACUUGGCAUGUCUUUUUAAAAUGAAUAAAAAAUAUUGAAUAAAUAGUCAA